UCUCCAUCUUGUCCCUUCUUCUCUCUGCAGGUUGAUCAGCUCACCAUCCUCAGCCAGUCCUCUCUUUCUCUUGGGAUCAUUCUUUGACCAAGGGGGUGUUGCGCGCGCUUCAGUCAGUGUGCGGCUCACCUUGUUCAAUACCUCUUGUCCACUCGACAUCGGCAGCACAACCGAUCAAUCGGAAAUUGGGUUUUGUUGGCUUUGAUCUCUUGGAUCUUCGGGAUAUCGCCACGACUUUGGCAGUUCGCAACAAGCUAUUUUGGUUUGGGUUGCGUCCGGGGUUCACGAUCAGAUACACGAUAUACAUCACAUUACUCGCUCUGUCGACAUACUGAUCUUUCGACGUGGCCAUCACUGACCUUGCCUCACCCUCGUUAAUAAUUCAUCUACCUUUCGUUCACCAACAACCCAGUCGUCAAUUAUCAUGGCCGCCGAUGAUGUCGAAACCCAGGCUGAGAAGGCCCAGCCGGUUACGCGGUCGAUUCAUCCAGUCUUUUAUAUCGCGAGUUGGAUAUUCUUUUCUAAUAUCACCAUUCUCUUCAACAAAUGGUUGCUUGCUCCAGACAGGUUUAGUUAUCCCACUAUCCUAACAUGUUGGCAUCUCAUCUUCGCGACCAUCGCCACCCAAAUCCUUGCCAGGACAACCACCCUCCUCGAUGGCCGCAAGAGUGUCAAGAUGACGGGCCGUCUUUACCUGCGCGCCAUCGUUCCCAUCGGCUUCCUCUUCAGCGGAAGUCUCGUCUGCAGCAACAUGGUCUACCUCUACCUCAGCGUCGCCUUCAUCCAGAUGCUCAAGGCCGCCGCGCCCGUGGCCGUCCUGCUGACCGCCUGGGUCUGGGGCGUUGAGCAGCCGUCGCAGUCACGGCUGAUUAACGUUUUGUUCAUCGUCUUUGGCGUUGGGCUUGCCAGCUUCGGCGAGAUCGCUUUCUCGCUCACCGGUUUCCUCUUCCAGCUCGGCGGGAUCGUGUUCGAGGCCAUGCGGCUCAUCAUGAUUCAGGUUUUGCUCAAGGGCGAUGGUCAGAAGAUGGACCCGCUCGUCAGUCUGUACUACUUUGCUCCCGUCUGCGCAUCGAUGAACUUUGUCGUUGCGUUGUUUACAGAGUUCCGCUCUUUCAACAUUGCUGAUUUGUACAACACGGGUCUUUGGUGUCUUCUCCUAAACGCCGUAGUGGCGUUCAUGUUGAACAUCAGCAGUGUCUGUCUUAUUGGCAGAACCUCCGGCCUUGUAAUGACCCUCACCGGUAUCCUCAAAAACAUCCUUCUCGUUGUCGCCUCCGUCAUGAUCUGGCAGACCUCCAUCACCCCCCUGCAGUUCCUCGGCUACGCCAUCGCCCUCGCCGGGCUCGUCUACUACUCCCUCGGCCGCGACCAGAUUGUCGAAAUCGCUACCCAGUUGUGGACCUUCCUACGGGGCGUGUGGGAAAACUCGCCGGCCUACUCAUCUGUCUCUUCCUCGUCCUCGGACGAAGGAAAUGGUCAACAACAAGGAGGUGGCUUGCCGUCGGCGGUCCGGCGAGCCCUGUUGAUGGGGCUGGGCGUCAUGGUUGUCGUCAUUUUGGCGGCUGGGUAUAUCUACAGUGGCGCUGACCCAAGUGGUGGCGGGGGUGCGGUGGGUGUACCCAGGCCGCUUGGUGGUGGUGGUGGUGGGGACGCGAGCAGUGUUAAACCAGUUCAGGUGGCUUCGUGAAUUAGUGGGAAGAGAAUUGGGCGGUGAUGGAAAUUGAAUGGGGAGCUUAACAAAGGACGAAAGAAAGUAUCGGGCAGCGAAACGACCGGGUUU